AUGGGUGUCAUUGGAAUGAGUAGUAUUGUUUUCAGAGAUUCGUCACCAACUGCUUCACGCGGCUCUGCUGAACAACCUAAAAAUGAGAAGAAAGGAACUCUACAAACUGCUGUGAUCAGUAUUAAAGGAAUGACUUGUCAUGCUUGUGUGAACAACAUUCAAGACACAAUGCGAACUCGGCCCGGCAUUCACUCUUGCAAGGUUUCACUUGAUGACGCUGAAGGCGUUGUGGUUUUCGACCCAUCUCAUUGGACUGGAAUUAGUGUAGCUGAAAGUAUAGACGAUAUGGGUUUCGAAGCGAAGCUUAUGUAUACUCGUGAAGGGGAAAAUAUCUGUAUAGGGAGCAAUUGUGCUCCAAGAAAAGCCAUCAUAUCCAUCAAGGGAAUGGUGUGCCAUGCUUGUGUGAACAACAUUCAAGAUACUAUCUCAAAACGGGAUGGAGUUCUGUCUGUGAAGGUUUCAUUAGAAGAGGAGAAAGGUGCUAUUGUAUUUGAUCCGUCUAUUUUGACAGCGGAGCAGGUUGCGGAAGCUGUAGAUGACAUGGGAUUUGAGACUGAGCUGAUAAGCUGUGAAAUGGUUGAAGAAGUCGCAGUAGUCUCAAAGCCUUCAGUUGCGUCAGUGAAAGGUUCUGCUCGAUUCGCCUCUAAUACUGAAAUGGUCGAAAUAUCCGUGGGAGAAUCGGCGCAAAACGUCGACUUCGGAAACGAAAGUUUGGAGAAAUGCACCCUAGCCGUCGAGGGAAUGACGUGUGCGUCAUGUGUACAGUAUAUUGAAAGAAAUAUAAGUAAACUGAGAGGUGUACAGUCUGUAGUGGUUGCGUUGAUAGCUGGUAAGGCGGAGAUCAACUACAACCCGUCGUUGACGAGCGUGGAAAAGCUGAUCGCCGAGAUGACGGCACUCGGCUACCGUGCCAGUUUGAUCGACACGCCAUUUUCUGCAUUCAACAAAAUCCACUUGACGAUUGGUGGUUUGAAUAGCGAAGCGGACGUGAAUCGCAUCGAAUCACAUGUGAUCUCAAAGACGGGUGUUGAAGGCUGUCACGUUUCCCUGGCCACUUCUUUAGCCACUGUCGAGUUUUCUCCAUCAGUCAUUGGUCCGAGAGAUCUCAUUUCUGUCAUCGAGACUCUUGGCUACACGGCAGAGCUUGCGACUAAAGAUGAUCAGAUGAAGCGCUUGGAUCAUUCCGCAGAAGUGCGAAAAUGGCGUACCACAUUCCUUGUCAGCUUGAUAUUCGGAGUGCCGGUGAUGCUGAUAAUGAUUGUGUUUCACUGGAUUUUGCACACUCCAAUGCAUCCAGAGAAUCAGACUCCAAUACUUUCACCAGCACUUUCCCUCGACAACCUUCUCCUGCUGCUGUUGUGCACACCUGUACAAGUAAUUGGAGGAAGAUACUUCUAUGUAGCAUCUUGGAAAGCGCUACGGCAUGGCCAGGCGAAUAUGGAUGUGUUAAUAGUGUUGGCUACGACGAUCGCCUUCACAUACUCGAUACUUGUUCUUAUUAUUGCAUUAGUACUGAGGUGGCCAUCAAGCCCGAUGACGUUCUUUGACGUUCCUCCUAUGCUCAUUGUAUUCAUAUCAUUAGGUCGUAUGUUGGAGCACAAAGCAAAGGGCAAAACAUCGGAAGCGUUGAGUCGUUUGAUGUCACUUCAAGCUAAGGAAGCCACACUAAUAACCAUGGACGCCGAAGGCCGUGUCACAUCCGAAAGGGGAAUCAACAUAGAACUGGUUCAACGUAACGACUUGAUCAAAGUGAUACCAGGUGCAAAAGUGCCAGUCGACGGAAUAGUGGUGGAUGGUCAGAGUUCAGCGGAUGAAUCAUUUAUAACAGGAGAAUCUAUGCCGGUUGUAAAGAAGCCAGGAAGUGUUGUGAUUGGUGGUUCGGUCAAUCAAAAAGGUGUGCUCAUCAUACAGGCAACGCUGGUUGGACAGGACUCGACUUUGGCCCAAAUUGUGCGACUUGUUGAAGAAGCGCAAACUAAUAAGACACCGACAGGUCGUUUUGAAAGCAUCAUGAAGGUGGCAUUCGAAGCGGCAAUCACAGUACUGGCGAUCGCCUGUCCCUGCAGUCUUGGACUGGCAACCCCCACAGCUGUGAUGGUUGGCACUGGAGUCGGUGCGAUCAAUGGAAUUCUCAUCAAAGGCGGCGAACCCCUUGAGACCGUUCAUAAGGUGACCACAGUGAUUUUCGACAAGACCGGUACUAUAACAGAAGGUCGACCACGGGUGGUUUCCAUAUUGACCCUACGAUCACCACUGGACAUUCCGCUGAAAAUGCUGGUUCUCAUAUGUGGAUCUGCAGAAUCUCAAUCAGAGCAUCCCAUAGGAGCAGCAAUUACUAAUUUCGCAAAACAGUGGCUGAAAGAUCCGACGUGGGCCGCUGUGUCGCGGUUUCAUGUGUCAGCCGGACAUGGAGUGGCAUGCCAAAUCUCGGGUGUUCGGAAGUCACUCGAUUCUAUCAGUCAAGUAAACGGACCUGUACUAUCCGAUGGUGAGGAAAUGGUGAUUUCCGACUCCAGUGUCAUUCACAAGCAGGUUUCAUGUAUGCCAACUUUGAAGACUAAGAAAGAUAAAGAUAUCUACGAAGUGGUGAUCGGAAGUGAACGAAUGAUGGAAAAGUAUGGAAUCGUAAUCGAUGAUAUCACUGUUGCAGCACUGUCUGUUGAACAGCAAAAAGGCCAUAUUUCCGUACUUUGCGCCAUAAAUGGUUUGUUUUUGGGUUUUAUAGUCUCGUAA